UAUAUUUAGAGUCAUUAAAAAACCAUUAGGUAUAAAAACAUCACAUGCAGCCGUUGUUCCAAAUAAUAUCUCAGAUCACUGCACACUCAUAAUAAAUGAACCAGGACACUAACUUUGCUGUUUGAAUCCCAUGACAGUAAAGAAAAGGUGUUUUAGCCUGUUGGUGUGGGUGCUGCUCCUCCUCCUGCUAGUAGCCUGCCUAGUUAUAUAAAUUGGAUCAUGUAUUUAAGUAUUCUGUUAACAGGAUAGGCAGAACCCUGGUGAAGGUUUAGAGAUUCUUUAUUUACUUUGGAUGCAUUAAUAAUGUAAGAUGUCUUAGGUCCUUUUUGCUUUAUUAUUUCUGUUGUGGUAUAGCAAUGUAUUUACUUUGGUGUCGUUGGGUGAUGCUGCAGGACAAUGACGCUAAACGAUAAACAUCAGUCGACUGACAGAAUGACUUCAAACAAAAGAAAUCCACCUGUUGGAGUCAGAGUUCAGACCUUAAUCCAGCAGAGCUGCUGUGGAUUGAGCCGAAGAGGCACCAGACAUCAUACCCUGCAUGUCUGAGCCGCAGCAGCUCCAUCAGGAAGAACGAUCCAAGGCCUGCACAUUGUGCAAGUCAUCCGGCAGCUACUGGAAGAGCUGGUGCCAGGUUAUUGGAGCCAAAGGAGGUUUAAGUUAAUUAAAGAGUUAUUAGUGAAGUAUCAAGGUUUCUCUUACUUUUUCCACAUGCGCUGUAAAUGUUUAAUAUUUAAGAUAAUUCAGAUCACAUCAUAUUUUAAGACCAAUUAAUGCAGAAAACCAGGUCAUUCCAAAGGCUUCACUGACUUUUUCUUACCACUGGAAAAUCAUUGACACUUUUCUUUGUCAUUGUAACUCCUUUUUUUUUUUUUAUAAAGGCUAUAUAUAUUUCUUUAUUCUCUGAUCUUUUUUAUUCUAUUAUCCUGUAUAGUAGACAUGUUUGUGCAUAUAGACCUUACUGUAACAGAUGGUGUGAUUAAGUCUAAAUCCUCUUGUAUCCACUCCAAGUUAUAGACAUUGAAUGUUUCCAUGCUGAUGGAAAUAUAUGAUUGUUACAGUGUAACGAAAUAGUAAAUAAGGCUAUGGAAGCCGCUGUAGUCCAUUCCAUCAGAUAAAGUCCGUGCCUUUCUUUGCGCAUGUCUCUGUCUCUCCACCUUUUAAAGCAUCAGGAAGGAAGAAAAGGAGAGAAAGGGAGGCGACCGCAGAAAUACAAUGAUCUCUGAAACUGGGAAAGACAAUCUGAAGGCCGACUAUCUCCGAUACGAAGCGAGCUACUGCCCAGACUCCCCCGACUCAUCUUCGCCGGAAGCCGGGCAGCUGAGCAGGAGGCGGGACACCCAGACCACCAGCGGCAGUAUCAUCCCGGAGGAGAGCGGCAGCAUCCAGCCCCUGGUCUCCUCAUCCGCGGCCGCCACCUGCAUCAUGACAUCGGGGGAGUUCAUGCAGACCGCUCCCCUGCUGGCGCACAAAUCCAAGAGAAGCCUGCUGUACAAGGCGCUCUGCUUCCUCCUCCUCAUCUUCCAGGGAGGCAUUCUGGACUUCUACCUCAUCAUCUUCACCGACUUGUACUGGUGCUCGUGGAUAGCCACGGACCUGGUGGUGAUCUCGGGCUGGGGGAUUUUCUUCAUGAAGAACGCGCGGAGCAAGAGGGAGCGGGCCUGCGGCUUCCACCAGAAGAGCUCCAUCUUCGGCUGCAACCUCGGUGAGUUCACCUACGCCUACCUGGCCUGGCUCAUAUAUGUCAUCGCCUGCACGCCGAAGGUGGUGCUCAUCCUGGAGACCUCCAUCCUGGACCUGAUCGCGCUGAAGGUCCCGUGCGGAGUGACCGGCUUCAAAAUCAUCACGCUGCUCUCCGCGCCGCUUCUCUUCUGCCUCAUCAACUCCAUCAUUGAAGAUUUGAACGGGGCGACGCGGCACCACUCCCAGAGCUGCUUCAUGAGCACCUGCCUGGACCUGCUGGACAGCUUCACGCUGCUGGAGAUGCUGCUGAGGAACGAGAUUCCCACCGUGUACCUGAAGUACACCGUCAUCACGGUGUACUUCGUCGCCCUGGCCGUGCCGGUGAUCUGGCUCUACGAGCUGACCGCGUCCGAGCUGCGGUGUCGGUGGCUGUGGGCCCGCUUCUCCACGGGCCUGCUGGUCAACGCGCCGCUGCUGGUGGUCAGGUGUUUCCAGGUGUACGUCUACAAGAUGCCGGUGUCGGUGUUCAUGUUUAAAAACAUCUUCUUCCUGUUGUGUAAGUCUCUGGAGCUGGUGGAGCAGUGCGUGGCGGUGCGCGGGGCGCGCAGGUUGGCCGGCGGCAGCAACCCGGCCCAGUUCAGCCACUGCGUGUCCGAGAAUGACAUGUGUCCGCACGGAUACGUCAACACCCUGGCCGUCACCCAGUCCUAGAGCCCGGGCCCUGGGGCGCUGGGGGGAGAGCCGUGUGACUGUGGUGAUGGCGGGAAAGUGGAGUCGUGCUGCGCGUCUGAAUUGCGCUUGAAAAUGGGAAAAUCCCAAUUAAAUCCGAAUUACAACCCAAACCUCUGCGUCCGCACAGUGGCUUUGGAUCUAGUGAUGACCCGAGAGGAAGACUAGCAACUAACAGCCCACAUGAAAGGUACUGAACAACAAUGUACGAAUUAUUUCCCCACUAUUGUCGGGAGAAGCAGGUUAAUUUACUUUGCACAGUUAUUGGUAAGUAAAUUAAGAUUGAAAGAGAAAACUAAAUCUUAUUGAAUAUAUUAAAUAGGCCCAACUUCAAGGGUUCCCCUCAUCCAAAUGAUGAAAAUACAUAUUUCCUCAAUUACUUCUAGUGAUAAAUUGAGAUUUUUUUCCCUCCAAUACUCCAGUGUUUCAAACAUCUGCAGGGCUGGAUUCACCUGCUAACAGGCCUAUGGGCAAAAUAAGAGCUGUGGGCCCCUGUUGACCCCCCCCCCCGUAUGCCCCAACUCAGUUUGAUUAUAACCACUAAUUUAUCUAAGGAUAUGCACAAUACAAGGUUAAUAUCAACUAUAAUAUUAACAGUAUUAAAACUAGAUUUUGACAUUGGACCAAUGGAUCAGUGGUUCCCAAACCUUUCCAACUAAUGACCCACUUGAAAAUCGGCCUCAUCAAAUGUUGUCAGAGCACUUUUUAUUUUAAUGACAAAACAUUCAGGACUGCAUUAAAGCAGAGGAAGCUCAGUUUUUUUUUUUUUUUUUUUGUUUCUUUUUUAUUUUAUCCUUCCUGUUUUUAACCACCUAUCCACUUAGAUAGUCCAGUUUCUGCCAUGGAUGAGAUCUCUUAGUGUGCAAUCAGACUGAAACUGUGUCCCAAUUCUACGCAGGCUGCAUUCAAAGACCAGUUGCGUCACAGACAUUAGCCACGCUUGAGUAUGACGCAACUGUAAAAGGCGGGUACAGCUGGUGCGUAAAGCUGAAGAGCCACAACUUCGCAGACCACAUCCUGCUAAGGAUGCGGCCCCUGCGUUGGGACACAGCUUGAGAUAGCAAACAAGGGGGUCCUGCUGGUAACAACAUGAUCAUUCCUGCCAUAUCACAGUGAUAGGCCUUAAUACAAGAAAAAAGAUCAUUUCACUUUAAAACAUUUCAAAACAUUAUUUAGAUUUUAUUUAUUUAUUUAUUUUAAAUUACAUCUUUUGACCAAAUUUGUUGUUUUGUCGGCCCACAGGUUGGGAACCACAGCUCUAGAUGGACCAUAGGGCCCCAACAAGGGGUACAACAGAGGUGAACUGUUGUUACUGCUCACACCUUUAAAAGCAAUAUAUCUUUCCAGAAACAGUGUCCCUGUUAACUCUGGGUAACUCACAGUUUUCAUUGGAACUGCUUUACAACAAAGAAAUAGCUCCUAUAAAAACUGCCUCUGUGUGUUCUUGAGACGAUGGGACGAUGGAGCUUUUAAAAUGUGGCGAGCAUGAACUGAAUUCCAUCCACCUCCUUUGUAUUGGGGUGAAGGCAGAUAUCUCAGCGAUAAAUAUACAACCAUUGGUGCAACUCUACUUUUGAAUAACAGGGAUUAUAGGAUUUCUUUGCAAAAAAAAUACAAUUUUAUGAUGAGCUAUUAUCAUACACACUUCAUAUUUAUGCCUGGGGCACAGAUAAGUAUCAAUUAACUUAAGAUGGAGCCACGGGGUGAACGAGAGCUUUGGGCCGCCAUUGAGCAAAUAGUUCCAGCCCUAUGUUAAAAUUGGGUCCAUCUAUGACAUAGGGCCUUAACUGGAUAAAAAUGGUGCAUAUAACCAAACAGCUCUGUAAUUGGUCAAAUUACCACAAAGUCAUUGCCACAUACAGCCUGAGGCGGUCGCCGCUUGGUAAUCCAACUAUGAACAGGUGUGUUUAAGCAAUCACCACACUGGAGUUAUGGUGGACUUAACAUCAUGUGAUGCAAAAAAUAGAAUCUAUAGAUUCAGUGUUAUAGGCAAAAAACAUUCUCAAAGCAGUUUGAUUCUGUUUAGUGUUUACAGCAUAUGUUGCUACGUUCGAAUGGCUGUCAGAUAACUGCAUCUCUCAAAACCUGGAGCUGACUCAUCACCUGAGAUUUUGACUCUGAUGACAUUUCACAUAGCAGGAGAAUGGUUUUUUUUUUUUUUUUCUCCAAUUUUUCGGACAAGUCUGGAACGCAUCAUCUGUACCAGCCUUACAAAUGCUCCUUUUUUUCAGACCAGUCUACAGGUGCUACAGUCAAACCCAACACCUGCAAGAGCUCACGACAAAGGGAGAACCAACUGUAGUGCAUUGGACCUUGUUGAGUUGUGUGUGUUUCACCACUGCACCUGAAGAGAAUACAGAGAGAGACAGCAUGUGGACUGUGUCUAGUGUUGGGACGUAAAGUGCAAUUUGAAGAAUCCUCACCUGGGCUCUGCUCCACCCAUGUACAUUAGUGUUUUUCUAUUGACGACAGUGUUGUCUGCUGCUGUGUGCUGGUUCUAAAUGCUAAAAGUGUCUGGUACUAAGGUUAGAGUAGACACGUGUGUAAGUUAAUGCCAUGCAUAAAGAUCCAAUAGUGCCAUGACAAACAGCUUUUCUAUAGCCCGACAACAGGAGUUUCUACUGGCUCUGCUACUGUUUUACUACUUCUGUCACUUUUUGGAUCAGGAGUCCUAAAAGAUCACUGGGUACUGUUCACUCUGUCAGCAGAUUUUUUUUUUAAGCAGUAGUUCUCCUAAGGGCUCAGCUCUCAGUUUCCCCAAAAUACACUCAUGUAUUCAUUUAUCAGUCUACAGUCAUUUUUCUUUGCUAAAAUCUUAGACUCUGAAAAAGUGUCAUUUUCAACACCUGUGUGUCAACUCUGUUACUUCCUCAGUAUUUUAUGGAAUCUCAGUUCUCUGAUGAAAUUCAGUCAAAAAGGAGAAAAAAUAGUACGUUUUCAGUUUAGCACACAAAGUCAUUAUGACAGUCUCUCACCACGUCAGAUAUGAAAUAUGAAGUCUGGACCUACUAAAUCAUAACUUCUACAUAAAGCUCAAGUAAUCAGUACUUCAGUUCCUCUCAGCUCUCUUUAGCUUCUUUUAGCUCAUUGUUUUGGUUUAAUCAGGUGCCAAACUCCACUUCCAUUAGCAGCAGCUAAUCCAUUAGCUAUACCGCUUAUCCUUAUAGGAUAUAUACCACCUGGAGGGAGUCCACCCAAGGCCCCGGGCCCCCGGGUUCAAACCCAGAACCUCCUGUGUGACAACAGUGCUAACCACCGUGCUGCCCCACAGCUGCAGCUGAUAAAGAUUGAGACCCAUUGAAUGUGGCACAAUGCAUACUCCAAAUUUCAUUCAGAGGAAACCAAGUGUAGUUCAUCUGUUCAUGACUCGUUCAACAAGGUCCGCACCACUGAAGAAUUUCAUUUGUCACUAAGAGAAGAUUGGUGAAAAUCAGUUUGUGCAGCUGGUUCUUGCACAAGGCCCAAUAAUAACUCAACUACUGGUGAAGGAAGUGGAACAUCUGGCAGCUAAAGAGCAAGAGGCCGGUUUCAUAAAACACCUUAAGUUGAGAUUUUCCUUAAAAUAAAAACAGUUGCACAAAAGACCUUAAGUCUUCUCUUUAAGGUUUCCUUAAAAUGUUCACUUAAGUAUUUAAGGUUUUCUUCUUUACUUCGUCAUCUUAUCAAGUCAGUUAAACCGUUGCACAAAAGACCUUAGCGACCAAAGGAAGGAAUAAGACUAAAGGUACCUCUGAGUCGUAACUGCAGCAUGACUGAGUUUAAGGUGAUAGAUGAAGCAAAUGAAGAGUUUCUGUGCCACACUCUCAGCUAAGGAGAAAUGAAACCUUAAGUGAAAUACUUAAGUGGAAAAUGUAAGGUGUUUUGUGCAACCAGACUUCACACAGCAUCUCUGAAGCUCUGUCCUCAGGACCAAGCUGCUGCUGCUGCUGCCGCCGCCACCAGAUCUGAGCUUGGAUAACAUUACCGCCUUGCUUCCACUCUUUAUGCUAAGCUAGGCUAACCAGAUCCCAGACUUGCCUCUACUGGAUGCACAGAGACGACAUCAGCAUCAUUUUAAGGAAGUCAAAUAAUCGAACUAAAAAAAGUCAGACUGUUUCACUGAAAUAAUCCGUGGACCACCUUAAACAAAGUAAAGUGACACACACAUGUAUCCAACAGGUCGUGUUGAAAAUCCACCUUCUUCAGAGUGUAUGUAAACAUGAGUUGUCGUGGGAGACAAUCUGCAUCCUGGUGCUGCCGGGAGCAACAGGGGAACUCCCUCUCAGUGAGUCCGUGCAGUAGAUUUACUAGAAUGACACUAUAUUUAUGUUUGAACAGUAGGUACAGUUUGUCAUGGCAUGGUCACCGCCCCCCCCCCACGAUGAGCUCCUCCCUAAGCUGAUAGUAAUGUCAGGUGAUCAAAGUGAAUUAUGUGACCGAGGAUAAUGUACUGUCAAGAGUUUGUGCAAUAUGGGUCAAAAGGGUUCAGUCUGAUUUCAGUGCCUAUUAUUUAAGAGUCGUGAGUGAACUCAUGGUUCAUUGAGGUGGAUUUAAUCACACUGAGGGUAUAUGUGCAAUUUCUCAUCUUUCUUUGCUUCUCUGAGCGAUCGGUGUCUGCAGGCCACAGGUUCAUGUGAGUUGUGCCUUGUGAGCGGUGUAAGAUGACUCCUGAGGGGGUCAGGACUUGAUGAGAUAAAUGUCCAACACCAGAGUUGUAGUCAAGUUUGAGCCCCUUUUUACUACAGAUCACAAAUACUUUGCAUUUUUGCUGUGUACAGUGUACUGCCGUGUUCUCCUACCUCCCAGGCUGACGCGCUGAGAUGUGUUAUAUUCAAGGUGAAGGAUUACAGAUGUGCAGGUUUCAAGCCUCUUCUGGUGAUUUUCAUGCUGUAUUGAAAUGGACUGAGAGGAGGAAACCGAUCUCAAAACACGCAGUUUGCUUAGAAAAUGAUGCAAAGUGUAUUGGGCUUGCAGGCAAAGAGAGUCAAAAAGUUACAGUGCUUUGAGCUGUCAGGGCCACCGUACAAACAUGCAAACAAGUCACCUGUUGUUUGACUCAGCCCCAGCAGAGCUGCAGUGAUGUAGGUUAGGCUGGUCUCAGGACAGUUCUGCUCUCAUGGUUCUGGGUGUUAGGCAGCAUCAGCAAGGAUGAAGAGCUCAGUUUAAAUCAAUUUAAAAUGAACUUCAUCUUGGAUUAAAUGUAAAGAUACAUUGUGAGGAUGUUUAUAGCUCCCACAGGCGUUCUACAUAUUCAGAAGAACACACUACGCGUACAUUUGUGUUUAUUAUUGUGCACUUUGCCAAAAUCAGGGAAUUGUUCAUUUUACCUUAAAGAGUCCUCACAAUCAAACUGACUUUAAAGAAUUGGUGCUGUCAAAAGGGCCGAGUAGAGCCGAACACAGCCUGGCGUCAGGGUCUGCAGACUGGAUUCCAUAGAGGUUAUAUUCACAUUUUAGACUGAGAUGGGAUCUAAAGACUCAUAUCGACACCAUAAUGUGAAAAUCUUCUGAAGCUUUAACAAUAAUUCCAUGCAGGAAAACUAAGAAGAUGUUCAACCCAAUCGAAUCCUAAAGAGACAGUGAAUUUCCAGUAUUUUGUGCAGCUGAAUUGUCGGUUUAUAAAUCCCUCCGCUUUCCCCCGAAAGCUCUGACCUGCAGCUGUCAGUCAUUACGACACAGAUCAUCGUCCUCGGGUGUCGCUGUUGUGUCUCGCUUAUCGUGUCUGUCUGACACAUCUAUUAAUUAUUCUCAAACCACUUAUCAUGUUGUGGGUGUACGUCCUCCAGAGAAGCUGCCUGAGGCCAAACGGGCUGCUGCCUGCGGGUCAGCUGGGAAAAGGACGAGACUCACGUUCAGUCAGUUCAGCUGAAGGCAGUGUCAUGGAUUGUUUAGAUCAGUGGUUCCCGAGCUUUUCCAACCGAUGGCCCAUUUGAAAAUGUCAAAAAUGUUGGCGACACACAUUCGACUCCAUAACAUACGGAGACCAAAUAAUGCUAACGUGUUUUCAGAGCACUUUUUAUUUAUAGUGAUUGAACAUUCGGGACUAAACUGAAAGCAGGGGAAGCUCAAUAUUCCUUUUUGUUUGAUGGGGGAGAGAUCACUUGUCAACUCACCAUCUGUCUCUUGACUCUCCUCUUCUUUUUAAUUCUUCCUGUUGCUAAGCAGCUAUCCAUGAUGUGGUCUGACAGCAGCAACAUAAAUGAAAAAGAGAAAGUUUUAAGAUAAUUUUUAUUAUUAUUAUUUCUUUCUUUAUACUGUUUUGCAAAUGAUUUGUCCACUUGCGAUACCUUCGCGGCCAAUCAGUGGACCCCAGCCCGCAGGUUGGUUACCACUGGUCUAGAUAAUAAUAACUGAUAAUAGUCAUUGUUAUUUAGAAAUAUUAAACAGAUAAUUAAAUAGUUUGACAGAAUAAUCUGAAGGACAACUUUGCUUUUUCCAGAGCUCUCGACAACAUCUCACAGUCUUCCCCAAAGUUUGAUCAGGUGUCAUCACGUGACCUUAGUGUGAAACUUGAGUCACUUGGUAAUAAGCGGUUGCACAUGGGGGGGUAGAUGGUAACACACAACAGCAGACUUCCUCAGUUGUCCACCACUAAAAUAUCACCUUGUUUUUACAUGAAUGAAGCUCCAUAUAGGUCACAUGAGGGAAUCAGGAGUGUCUCCAUGACAACGACUGCACCCGGUGCUGUAGACCAUGAGAUGUGGUUGAAAACUCUGAGACAUCAGCAGAUUAUUUUUGUUGGAAGUCAAAGUCGAGGCUGAACUUCCCUCUCCCGGAUCAUUGAAUCUCAUCAGAUCUUUUAACUGAGCUGUUGUUUAUUCACGCUGCAGACAUCAGGGUGCCGCUGUGAAGUUGACCUCUGACCUCUCUGUGGGGGGGGGGGGUUACAGAUCACAGAGAUGCUGCUGUACAAACAAUAUGACAUGCUGACUGCUUUGUUUCUCAUAUUGCACUGAGAAUAGAACGGCUUCUGUUUGUUUGUUGCUUAUCAUAUCUUUGCCAAAGUAUUAAAAAUGUUAUAUUCUAUACUAUUUUGUAUAAUUUCCUUGUGCCAGUAAUCUCCUGGACCUUUGCGUAUGCACUGUAUGCUGAUGGAAAGGCUCUUUAAAAAUCUGUAUUUGGAUUUGCACAUAAACCUUUACCAUAGUUGAAUCACAAGCAGGACCAUUUAUUUACAUGAAACUUUAAACUUAAAUAUAGUGGGCCUUUAACCUGCAUGAAUAAGCACAGUGCAUAACGACACUGAAACUACCAAAGGCUUUCAUGGACAUGGGUCUUCAAAGGAGCCAAUCCUGCUACACAGAUUCAUGUUUGUGUGUUUUCUUAAUUAGGCAACGUGUACAAUUUGAACACUCGUACCUUAAAACACAUGGGUUUUCCUUUUUCUUCAAACUUGUUUACAGGAAAGAAUAUCGCUGUUGUUUACACAUAGGACUCUAUACCUGUACCAUAAAGUCGUGUGGUGUAUAUCUGUACUGAUAUAAUCCAAUCUAUGUACUGUAGAUGUAAGUCAGAGUAUUAUGUGGUUGAAACCUGAAAUAAAUCUGAGGAAAGUACUGUACAA